GGGGUGGCCUUUCUUGAUGUACCGCAGCAUCCGGCCCACAGGGAAGAUGACUUCUGACUUGGCGGACCGGGACUUUUAGUGGACUUCUUCUCACCCCGGCUGGACAUGGCGGUGGCCCUGGAGAUGGAUCAGUAAACACAAGUUCUGGAGGCUGGAGAGUCCAAGAUCAAGGUUCUGAUUUCUACUUGGCAGAUUAACCAAAGGCAAGAGAGGCUAAUCUGUCUACGUUCUGAGUGCCACUCUCCGCAAGACCCCCAUAACAGACCCCAGGCCCAAGUCCACUGUGCUACCAGACCCCCAACCCACCCCACCCCAGGCAUUGCUCUGGGGUCUGCCUGAGGCCAGCAGUGUGAAGAUGACCAGCACCUUCCUAGCAUGACGACCUUGGACCAUGUGAUCGCUACCCACCAGUCGGAGUGGGUCUCUUUCAAUGAGGAGCCGCUCUUUCCUGUCCCUUCUGAGGGGGGCACUGAAGAGCACCUCCCAGGACCAUCGUCUUCCUCAGACCAGUCCGAGAUCUCUUCUGGGGAGAACCGUGUGGUGGAUGGAGGCUCUCAGGACCUUUCCCCCUCAGAGCACGAUGACUCUUCUGAAAAGAUGGGCCUCAUCUCUGAAGCGGCCUCCCCUCCCCUGAGCCCUGAGCAGCCUCCACCUGACCUGGCUUCAGCCAUCAGCAGCUGGGUUCAGUUUGAAGAUGACACACCCUGGGCCAGCACAUUACCACCUCAUAAAGAAGCAGGUGGGACAGCCAUAUCAUUGACCAUGCCCUGCUGGACGUGCCCUUCCUUCAGCUCCCUGAGGAGAUGCCCUCUGCCCUCCGAGAGCAGCUGGACCACACAUUCUGAAGACACCAGUAGUCCUAGUUUUGGCCCUUCGUACACAGGCCUGCAGCUCAUCAGUGCUGAGGAGCAGAGUGGCCUGGCUUCCAGGGCCGACUCGACUGACAAUUCUUCCUCUCUUCAGGAAGAUGAAGAGGUAGAGAUGGAGGCCAUCAACUGGCAGGCCAGCAGUCCAGCUAUGAACGGACACCCCGCCACUCUAGUGACCUCUGCUCGUUUCCCUAGCUGGGUCACUUUUGAUGACAAUGAAGUCAGCAGCCCUUUGCCACCAAUCACCUCUCCUCUGAAGCCGAAAACACCACCUCUUGCAUCUGUGAUCCCAGAUGUACCUUGUAACUCAACUGGGUCAUUUAAGAAGAGGGAACGUCCCAAGAGCACUUUGAUGAACUUCUCCAAAGUUCAGAAGCUGGACAUUUCCUCCUUAAACCGUCCGCCUUCCGUGCCUGAGGCUCCUCUUUGGAGGGCAACCAAUCCUUUUCUGAAUGAGACUCUACAGGAUGUACAACCCUCCCCUAUAAACCCUUUCCGCGCUUUCUUUGAGGAGCAGGAGAGGCGCUCCCAAGACAAUUCCAUGUCUGGUACCACAGGCAAAAGCCAAAGAGAUUCUCUCAUUGUCAUCUACAAGGAUGCCAUCAGUUUUGAUGAUUCAAGCAAAAACCAGUCACACUGUGAUGCUGUUGAAAAACUCAAACGACUCCAACUUGAGGAUCCCGAUCACUUAGGGAGUACAACACUCCCUGAUGAUGACCCAAUAGCCUGGAUUGAACUAGAUGACCACCCACCAGGUUGCGCACUGUCCCAGCCCAAGGAUGGUUGGCCUAUGAUGCUUAGGAUCCCUGAGAAGAAAAACAUCAUGUCCUCUAGGCACUGGGGACCCAUCUACAUCAAACUGACAGACAGUGGGUAUCUGCAGCUGUAUUAUGAGAAGGGCUUAGAAAAGCCAUUCCGUGAGUUCAAGCUGGAGAUCUGCCAUGAGAUUUCAGAGCCCCGGCUCCAAAACUAUGAUGAGAACGGCAGGAUCCACAGCUUGCGGAUAGACCGCGUCACCUACAAGGAGAAGAAGAAAUACCAGCCUAAACCUGCCGUGGCCCACGUGGCCGAGAGGGAACAAGUGAUUAAGCUGGGCACCACCAAUUACGAUGACUUCCUGAGCUUCAUCCGUGCAGUUCAGGACCGUCUCAUGGACCUGCCGGUGUUGUCAAUGGACUUGUGCACAGUUGGCUUGAACUACCUUGAAGAGGAGAUUGCAGUGGAUGUCCGAGAUGAAUUCUCUGGCCUUGUGAGCAAAGGAGACAACCAGAUUCUCCAGCACUGUGUCUUGACACGGGUCCACAUCCUGAGUUUCCUCUCUGGCCUUGCCGAGUGCCGCUUGGGUCUCAAUGAUGUCCUCGUCAAAGGGAACGAAAUCGUUUCCCGGCAAGACAUCAUGCCCACCACCACCACAAAGUGGAUCAAGCUCCAUGAGUGCCAUUUUCACAGGUGUGUGGAUGAGGAUGUAUUCAACAGCUCACGGGUUAUUCUGUUCAACCCUUUGGAUGCCUGCCGACUUGAGCUAAUGAGGUUCAGGACAGUAUUUGCCGAGAAGACCUUGCCAUUCACACUCAGGACUGUGGCAAGCAUCAGUGGGGCAGAGGUGGAGGUGCAGAGCUGGCUGAGGAUGUCAUCUGGCUUCUCCUCUAACUGUGAUCCUCUCACUCAGGUUCCCUGUGAGAAUGUGAUGGUUCGCUACCCUGUGCCCAGUGAGUGGGUGAAAAACUUCCGCAGGGAAAGUGUCCUGGGGGAAAAGUCUCUGAAAGCCAAAGUGAACCGGGGGGCAAGUUUUGGCUCAACUAGCUUGUCUGGCUCUGAGCCUGUCAUGAGAGUAACUCUGGGAACUGCGAAGUAUGAGCAUGCCUUCAACUCCAUUGUGUGGAGGAUAAACCGACUGCCUGACAAAAACUCAGCUGCUGGUCACCCACACUGUUUCUUCUGCCAUCUUGAACUUGGCUCUGACCGGGAAGUGCCUUCCAGAUUUGCCAAUCACAUUAACGUCGAGUUCAGCAUGCCUACAACUUCUGCCUCCAAAGCUGCCGUAAGAUCCAUCUCUGUGGAAGACAAGACCGACGUCAGGAAGUGGGUCAAUUAUUCUGCACACUACAGCUACAAGGUGGAAAUUGAGCAAAAAAAGAGUUUGAAGCCAGACUUUGAAGGAGAUGAAAUGGAAAAUCCCAAGGAGUGUGGGGUCCAGUGACGAAGCCCUACUGCAGGGGGCCCUGACCUAAGCAUCACGACAGGAUGUCUUCCUGAAUAGCUGAAGUUCAAGGCACUGCCUACCAUGGCUACUCCACGUUGGGAGCAGUGUAUUGGACCUCCCUGUUUGUAGUUACCUGUAUUCUAAUAGGAAGCCCUAAGGUGCUUGCUUUGGAGAGGCUCUGAUCAUGCCUGAAGCACCUGCAUCACCUGACUUUUUGGAGCUUACUGUAUAAUUAAGCCUCCUCUCCACUCUGCUUAUCUCACAGCACGUGGGUAUGGUUUGUGACUGAUAAAGUCAGGAAAAGAAACUCCCAACAUCAUUGUUGGCGUGAUUUCCUUCCGAUGUUCAUCUGUUACUUACAUCAGUUUCUGGAAAAGAAUCUUGAGAAGUUAAUUAACUAAGACUCCAUCCCUGUCACUCCCCUUAGAAAAAGUUGAGAAAAGGUACAAAACCGAUUUCCUCUUUGGGUCUGCUAGACCUUUCAUAGGUGUCUCCAUUCUUCAAAUGUUAACACUGUGCAACAGAAGUUUUUGAGAUGCUUCCCUCCUGGUUCUAGAUAGUGUUGACUGAAACACUUUUUCCAUCUUUCUAAGGCAUCAGUCCCAGGGUUCAUCACCCUGAGUCACAGUAGACAAUGGAAAAAAGGCACAAGAGGACACUUCUAAAUUCUGUGAGUAGCCCCACAUUCUGCGAAGAGUGGCUAUUGAAGGGAAAGCAAAAUUGAGCUUACUUUUCUUCAUUCUGGGGAAAAAGAACAUUCAUUGUAAGAUUAUCUUCAAUUCAGGAGACAGCUUAAAUCUCAGUGAAUUUCCAAAUUCACACUGAAAAGUAUAGGCCAUGUUUGAUUCCUGAAACAGAUGGAUACAUGUAUCUCAGGCAUUUGUCAGGGGCAUUUGGGAACUCUUUUUAUACCUCAUAGCCAAUAGACAGCUGCGUGUCUCUUUAACUCAAACUUUACAGGAAAUAUAAGUUGAAAAGAUCAUUUUAAAAGCCGUUCAAAACUGAGCUUGUAUGAGCUUUUCCUAAAAAUUCAGAGUUUGAUAAUCACAGUAUUGUAAUAGAUCUAAAAGGCAGAAGACUCUAGGGUAGAGAUGAGGGAAAGCCAUAUUUUUCUAAUGUUGGGAACACUAAAUCCUGAUUCCAAGAAUCUAGGACACUCAAUAUUCUUUCUCUUCAUCUGUUCCAGCUCACAUUCUGUACCUCUGCAUCCCAAAGAGGAUACGAGCUCAACAAUUUAAAGCAGCUUUAACCUGCCUUCCUGUUUCUCCCAUGAAGAAUAGAGUAAGGGUUAUCCGAUUUGUAGAUGACGUAGAAAUAGACAUAUAACUAGUCUGUUGACUGGCAGAUUCGGGAUUAGUUCAUUCCAUGAAUAUUCACUGAAUUCUAUGUAUUGACAUUAGGAUAUAGAAAUCAUUGUAAUUUUUUGAAAUACCUGAACAUAAGACUGAAACUAAAAGGAUGAAAUUAAAUAGGCAUUAGUGAGAAACUCUAUAUUCUGAGUUUCUUAAAUGCAGCCCACUAAGUACAAAAUGGGGUACCUAUGUGUGUACGGAUGUGUGUGUUUACCUGUGUGUGUUAAUGGGAAGGGUGUUGGAAAGUCCUGGUUUCACAGCAGUUUUUGUAUAAAAUGUUUUCUUGGGGAAAUGAGCUCAGUUUUGAAUCGGGAGUAUAUCAUAGCUAUUCACAAAACUAAUGCAUUCAGCCUGUGGUAACAGAAGUCUAGGGAGUCCUGCAUGCUGCACUGGUCAGCCCACAUCUGGAUGAAGGGCUGCAUUCAGUUCUGGGAACCACAUUUUAAGAGAGAUGUUAAUAAAUUGAUUGUGUCCAGUCAGGUGGCCAGGGUUGUGGAGAGUGUGAUUAUACAUGGAAUAGGGGAAUACUUCCUCUGAAGAACAGAAGGUAUAGCUGGAAAGGGAAAAAGAGGGAAUGAUACAAUAGCUGCCUUGAAAUCUCUGUUGAGCUAUAAAAGGGGAGAGGAAUUGGACUUUUCCUGUGUUGCUUCAAAGGGCAAAAAGAGGAGCUUUAUAGAUGACAGAUGUUUGCUUCAAUAUAAGAAAGAACUUUGUAAUGAGUUGUUCUAAAGAGGAAUGGACUCAAACAGUAAAACUUCCAGUUGCUGCAAAUGCCCAAAGGCUAAAAUAACCCAUCCUAAAUGCUGUGAAAGGGACUCUUAGAUUGGAUUUGGGCUAGAUUCUUAACAAGAUCCCUUCUACAUAUAGGUUUCAUUUCAACAGUAUUAGGACUCCGUUUUUAGUUUGAUAAGUGGUUUUUCAUGCUCUUUGAAAUACAGUGGAGUCCCCUAGAGGUCUUUGUCAACUGAGGACUCCAAGGCCUAGCCCUUCCCCUGUUGUGCUAAAAGCACAUGAGAUUCCUUAUAGAAACAUUGAAAUGGGUUGAAGAGUUGGCAAGGUGAAGGUCAUUCUAGCACCUUCUUUACCCAAGGUUAGCACCUGUGCACCCUCUCAAGAUCUCUGCUUCACCUGCUAGCAUCACAUGUGUAUCGGUGGUUGGACCCUUUUUUCCUGUUGGUUAUUUCUCAUUGCCUUUGUACUUUCACCUGGACAUUUUUUUUUUUAAACCAAGGGAUGGGGAAAUCCCUUCCAUGCUAUCUACAUUCAGCAAUCAUAUUAUCAUUCAUUUUUAAAAACCUACCACCUUGAUUUCAUCAGAUUUGUUUUCCCUCUACUGUUUUUUGGAAGUUGAUUAUGGGUAGCAUUUAGGGGGGGUGGGAAAUAUAAUACUAUAUAUUUUUAGAUGUAGUUUCUAUGUAGUUUUGUUAAUAGCCUACAUAGAAAACACUGUUGGGCAAAUACCUUUUUGAUAUGCAGAUUCUAAGUUUGCCACCCUGGACUUGGAUUUUGUGUGUGUGGCCACAAAUAAUCCUUGUCUAUGUUAUCAGUAAUGUGAAAAUAUUAGAAGUGAGUUCAUUUUACCAAUACAUAGUCUUACUAUUACUAUUAGAAUAUAAAUUAGAUGUCCCAUGAUAUUAAGAGCUGUGCUUUUUUUUUUGAGACUGGUGACUUCCUUUUUUGACUUUAUAGUAAAGGAGGAUGAGAAAUGUACUCAUGAUAUAUCAAACGAGACUAUGAGGUACUUUGUGGGUGUACCAUUAAACUCCCUUUGCCACUCUUGUAAAUAUACUAGUUAUGCCUUAUCAAAAUUGUGCGUUUUACUCAUAUGAAAUAUAAUCCGUGCAGUUUUUUUUUCUCUUCUAUUUUCUUCUCCCCACCACCCCCCACCCCAUGCAACCCUCCUGCAUUAUUGGCAGGGCUCAUAACCCAUGAGAACAUUUCUUUUCUUUUUGGCUGUGCUGCACGGCUUGCGGGAUCUUAGUUCUCUGAUGAGGGAUUGAACUCAGGCGACUGCAUUGAAAGCGCCGAGUUCUAACCACUGGACUGCCAGGGAAUUCCCAAGAACAUUCUUUUAAUGUAAAAUAUUUCUUAUUUGAAAUUAGAGUAAUUUCCUUUCAAAUCCUGUAGAUGAGGGCAGGAGCUUAUUUCCCUAGAAAUUCAUAUUCCCAAGAAAUGUGAUCCAUGGAGGCAAGAAAUGGCUCUUAUUCUUUGUUUCUAGUACCUACCACCAAGCUAGUUUGGAAUAUAAUAAGUUUCAGCUACCUUAAAUCCUGUGCUGAUAGGACAAACAGAUAUUAAUGAAAUAAAGGAAAAUUACUUAGGUAUUCAAUAAAUGUUUGCUGAAUGAAUACUGAUGCUUAGACUCUAAGGCUACCUAACCCUUACUUAUCAUCAAACACAUUAAAGCACACAAGCAUGCUUCUAUUUCCUGGAGAACUUAAAUAAUUUUUCUUUCCUUGCCUCCACUGUCAACUAGUGAUAACUGUCAGCACUUAAGCACUUAAUGUGCAUCUGAACUUAAACUACAGUAUAUCUUAUUCAUAUUGAAAAACAUUUUUGUGCCCAAAGAUAACAGUAGCACAGAUGCUGUCACCGUCCAGAUUAUUGAUUCAGUUUUGUUCUUGCAAGUCAGACAGCUCUGUGAGCCUAAGCCUUGACCAUUCGAAUGGUGAGAGGGAGAAGAAAGCAUUUAAUAGAGUACAUGGACAGUCUUGGUGUGCUAGGUCUUUGUUUUCCCCAACAUUAACCACUGACCAAUGUUACUGCGCAUUUAUUUUGUCACCAUAGUAAGAAAGAUGGAGGCCUGGGGUAGUAAGGCUGAAACGUGUGAAGUGACAUCAUGAUUUCAGAGCUGCUUUAAAUCUCAUAAUAAGUUUCGUGGUGGGAAAAGAGAGAAUGAUCUGAAAUUUUUCUUAAAAAUCUUUAAAAUAUUAAGUUGAUUUGACUAGGAAGCACUGCCAUUUAGCCUACUUUUAAAAUUUUUCCCAGGUGGGAAUGGUAACUUUAACUCUUCUACGAAUGAUGAUUAUAAGUUAAUUCUAGCAUAUCUAGAGUUUAGGUGAUGUUAAGAAUGCAACAGGAAAUUCAAACAAAACUGACCAAAAAGCUAAAUCCACAAAAAAUAUUGUUUAGUAAAGGAAUUAUCUCUUAACAUUUCACUAACAAGUGUCAUUCAAAACAUGACAGCUCUUAUAUAAAAUUAGUCAUAGCAUUUUCACCAACUUCUAAACAUACGGUCAUUACCAAUGUCUAAGUGCCAAUUCCCUACAAGUCACCAUCUCUCUACCAUUUAAUUAUGUUCUUUUUAAAUGAAACUUGCUUUGGAUAUUGUGACUCAUAUUUAUGUAUUUAAAGAAUUAAAAGUGAAAGAGACAUAAAUGUAGAAAA